AUGCUCCUUCCCAAUGACACCCAAUUCCACCUCUUCUCCUUUUUGUUGCUGGAGAUCCCAGGAAUGGAAACGCUGCACGUCUGGAUCGGCUUUCCCUUUUGUGCUGUGUAUGUGAUUGCACUCAUCGGGAACUUCAUGAUUCUGCUUGUGAUCCAGGCUGAGAGUAGCCUACAGCAGCCUAUGUUCUACUUCCUGGACAAGCUGGCUGCUGUUGAUUUGGGUCUGUCCACAGCUACCAUCCCCAAGAUGCUUCGGAUCUUCUGGUUCAACCUCAGAGAGAUCAUCUUUGAAGCCUGCCUUGUGCAGAUGUUUUUCAUUCACAGCUUCACACUUAUGGAGUCAGCGGUCCUGUUGGCAAUGGCUUAUGACCACUAUGUGGCCAUCCGUAAUCCACUCCAAUAUAGCACCACCCUCACCAACCAGGCUGUUUCUGUGACGUUGGGUGUGUUAGUGAGAACAUUUAUUUUUGUGAUCCCAUUUGUAUUUCUUAUCUUGCGAUUGCCCUUCUGUGGGAAUCAUGUCAUUCCCCAUACCUACUGUGAACACAUGGGUCUUGCUCGCCUCUCUUGUGCCAGCUUCCAGAUCAACAUCAUCUAUGGCUUAUGUGCAAUUUGUAAACUAGUCUUUGACAUCAUAGCCAUUGCCCUGUCUUAUGUUCAGAUACUCCGUGCUGUUUUCCAUCUUCCUUCCCGUGAAGCCUGACUCAAGUCCCUCAGCACAUGUGGUUCUCAUGUUUGUGUCAUCCUUGCCUUCUAUACACCGGCCCUCUUUUCCUUCAUGACACAUCGCUUUGGCCGAAAUGUCCCCUGCUAUAUCCACAUACUCUUGGCCAAUCUUUAUGUUGUCGUGCCACCAAUGCUCAACCCUGUCAUAUACGGAGUCAGGACCAAGCAGAUCUAUGACCGUGUGAAGAAAAUAUUAUUACAGAAACAAGGAAAGGAAAAAUAA